CAAACUUUUUUAUGUUUAUUGUUAGAAAAGUUCCUUUGAAAAAUAAUUCAUAGUUAAAAGAAAAUUUUAGUAAAGUACUCUCUCCCUCUCCAGAUUCCUUCAAAUCCACUUAUCCAACAUAAACCAUCUCAAGAACCUCUCAUAAAAAAAAAAAAAAAAAAAAACCCAAAUUUAAUGAAAUCAUAUUGCAUUUAAUCGAUUACUGAGGGAGGAAGACUUCAUGACGAUAAUUUGAUGUGGGUAACGGCAGUGGUUGUUCUCUGUCUUCCUCUAUCUGCACCUCUUAUUGCUACUAUUUUUGGUGGGUUUUAACGCUAGUCGUAGUAUCGAAGCUUCAGCAUUGUGGUGGCUGUGCUUUUUUCAGAAAUGCCGAAGGCUUCAGAAUUGUUCAUUGUCUUCCUCCAUCUGCACCUCUUCUUUUCUCAUAAGAGCCUUUAAUUUUCGCUGUUCAUUUUAAGAGAUUUUUUCAAAGAUAUCCACAUUUACCUUUUCAUCUUACAAAACUGUUUUUUCAAGGGUUCAGCGAGAGAACUAGUUUCCACAGUUGGGGAAAAGAUGACAAUGCUUAAAAAUUUGCCUGAAGAUGUCUUAAAUUUAUGGAACAAUUGGGAGAUUCGAGGAAUGGUUUUGCUUAGUCUCUUACUACAAACCAUCCUCAUCAUAUUUGGGUCUUGGCGAAAGACCAAUGCCAGAAGCUGGAUCAGGAUGCUCGUUUGGUCUGCAUACCUAUCAGCAGACGUGGUGGCAACUGUUGCCCUGGGUAAUCUAGCCAAGAGCCAAGGAGAUUCAUCAGGUGACAGUUCAGAGAAUGCGAACAAUUCCAUCCAGGCAUUUUGGGCACCUUUUCUACUCCUGCACCUUGGUGGCCCAGACACAAUCACUGCAUACUCGAUUGAAGAUAACGAGUUGUGGAAACGGCAUUUACUUGGUCUUGUAGUCCAAGUCGGAGUGGCUUUUUAUGUCUUCUCAAGGUCCUGGGGUAGCGGUAUCCUCACAUUCAUAGCGAUCCCAGUGUUCGUUGUUGGCGUUGUAAAGUAUGCAGAGAGGACUUGGGUGCUCUGGUCUUCAUGCUCCAAGAGUUUGAAAAACUCCUCUCUCAGAGGUUUUUGGCGUUCUUAUAAUCGUUCGAGAAAAUCAAAAACUCCUCCACAAGAUCUCCAGGAAAAUUAUCUUCUUCAAGCUUAUGUUUUUUCAUAUAUAUCCAAGUUUGUGAUGCAGGAUCUUGUCCCUGGCAUUUCUUCACUAAUAAGAAGCCGGGAGCUGAUUUCCAAGAAUAAUGCAUACGGUGCCUUCAAGGUGGUAGAGGCUGAGCUUGGAUUGAUAUAUGAUAUGCUUUAUACUAAAGCGCCUCUGAUUUACUCCCGUGCCGGAAUCAUUCUUCGCUGUAUCAGCUCUCUGCUCUCUGUUACUGCGUUUAUUACCUUCCAGGUCAAGAUUGACAAGCAUGACUACUCAAAGACCGACAUUGCAAUCACGUAUUUAUUGUUUGCGGCCGCUGUUUUUCUCGAGUUUUAUGCUUUUUUAUGCCUUGUUUUGUCUGACUGGACAAUGAUUUGGUUGAUUGAUAAAGGAGGGAACGGCCUGACUAAAGCAACUUAUUCUCUGAUAAGGAAGAUAACGAGAGGCGAGAGGUGGUCGAGAUCCAUAUCACAGUAUAACCUGAAAAGCUCUUCCAUUGAAAGAGAGCCACCUAAAUUCUUGGAAUUUCUGGGAAUCGAUGAAAUGAUGAGGCAGAUGCAUGUGAAUCGGAAAGAUUUGAAUGUUGAUCUACAGGGUUUUAUUUUCGGACAUCUUCUAAAGAAAGCUGAGAAGAUGAAGGAAGAUUUGAAUUUCUUUGAUAAGAAUGACAGAAGUAAAGUCAUUCGUCAGAGGGGAGAUGGUGUGCUAGAAAGAGAGGAACUGUUACGGGACUACAAGUGGUGCACGACUGAAGUAGAAUUCAGUCGGAGCAUUCUUGUCUGGCAUCUCGCAACAGAUAUUUGUUAUCUUGAUGAUAAUAAAGAUGGAAGCAAUGUCUCCAAAGAAUAUGAAGCAAGCAGAUGCCUAUCUGAAUACAUGAUGUAUCUUUUGGUGAUAAGACCAAAUAUGCUCUCUAAAGGAUUCUGUGACGAGGUAUAUCAAGAAACCUUGCGAGACUUGCGAGUAUUGUGGCGUCUAAAAGAUCGGGGUCCUGAUGCUAAGGAAUAUCAACGUACCUUGCGAGUAUUGUGGCGUCUAAAAGAUCGGGGUCCUGAUGAUAAGGAAUAUAAACGUACCUUGCUAGAACUGCGCAACAGUGAAUCACGUGGUUGUGAUGAUAUAGGGUUUCAAAGGCGCUGGAAAACAUCAAAGUCAGUGUUACGUGGUGUGGAAAGGCUCGCCAGGCAAUUGCUUUUAUUGGGACCUGAGAAGCGAUGGAGGAUGAUAAAGGAAGUUUGGGUAGAAAUGGUAGCAUAUGCAGCAGCUCACUGUCCAUGGAAAGAACAUACUCAACAACUGAGAAGAGGUGGAGAGUUACUCACUCAUGUCUCCCUUCUCGGGCUACAUCUUGGCUUGAGCGAACAGUACGAAUAUAAUGGAUCAAACGACUUCUUGUUAUUUUCUGAAUUUAAUGAAAUGGAGUAUGAAGAAUAUCGCAAGGCUAGACGCAAAUAUUUGGAAGGCAUUGCAGCCACGUCAGGGUCGAGCCUCGAUGAGGAGGAGCUAGAAGAAUAUGACAAGGCUAGAGACAAAUAUAUGGAAGGUAUUGAAGACUUCCAUGAGAUACAGAGCGAGAGCAUGAGCGCGAAGAGCAAGUGUUUCAGGUGCUUGAGCGCGAAGAGCGAGUGCUUGAGCUUGAAAAGCAAGUGGUUGUGCAAUUGAGAUCUUAUUCCACAGCAUCAGCUUCACAGCAAGGAAUUGAUUCGCUUCCAAGAAGUUUGCCAGCAUAAUCUGAUGAUGAGUUUAGUUUAAUUAUUUAAGUGAAUUAACUAAAAUAAGUUUGUGUCGGCAAUAGUGUUGUUGGGCUUCAUUUUGCAUGUAUGUAUUGAAAAAAUUGCAUUGAUGGCCAUCUUCUUACAUAGUCAACUCUUGUCUUGUUAUUUUUAAUGGAAGAACCAUAACAUCAUCAGGUGCUUAUGAUGAGCCA